AUGCCGCCCUCACAACCAAAGAAACCGGAUGUCUCGGCCGCCGCCAAGGAGCGCAACGAGUACAUCCCCUCCUUCAUCUCGAAGAAACCCUUCUAUGCCGUCGAUGAAACUGGAGAGGACCAAACAGAUUACCUUGAGCAUCAACGUCUGCAGAAGCAGGAACAAGACUCCAAAUGGUACGAUCGCGGGAAGAAGGCCGGGCCGGCCGCGACCAAGUUUCGCAAAGGCGCAUGCGAGAACUGCGGAGCCAUGACCCAUAAGAAGAAGGACUGCCUGAGUCGGCCGCGCAAAGCAGGCGCAAAGUUUACGGGGAAGAAUAUAGAAGCGGACGAAGUUAUCCAGGAUGUACAACUUGGGUUCGAUGCGAAGCGCGAUCGCUGGAAUGGCUAUGACGCGACGCAAUUCGAGGAGGUUAUCGAGGAGUACAAUGCCAUGGAGGAGAUACGCAAGAAGGCAAAAGAGGCAGAGAAGGGCGACAAAUCAGAUGACGACGAUGAAGGCGACAAGUACGACGCAGAGACAGACAUGGGACGGAAGCAGGCCACAUCUACACGAAACCUGCGGUUACGAGAGGAUACCGCAAAGUACCUGCUCAACCUCGAUCUCGAUUCGGCCAAAUACGACCCCAAGACGCGCUCCAUGGUUGACAGCGGUGCAACAGCGGACAAUGCAGCUCAAUUGGUCGCGGAAGAAGGCUUCCAGAAGGCUUCGGGAGAUGCAGCCGAGUUUGAAAGGGCACAGCGAUAUGCAUGGGAGACGCAAGAGCGCGGAGACAAGAACAAGCUGCAUCUGCAAGCCAACCCUACAUCUGGCGAGGUCAUGCGAAAGAAGCAGCUCAAGGAAGCCGAAGAGAUGGCGGCGGCGAGAAAGAAGGCCCUGGCAGAGAAGUACGGAACCCAGGAAAAGUUCUCAGACGAUACACUGCGGAAGAAGGCUAUCACGGAGAACGAGCGAUAUGUCGAGUACGAUGAGCGAGGCAAUAUUAAGGGAGCGCCGAAAGUCAAGGCAAAGUCAAAGUAUCCGGAAGACAUACUUCUCAACAAUCACACAUCAGUCUGGGGUAGCUGGUGGUCCGAUUUCAAAUGGGGCUUUGCGUGCUGUCACUCGACGAUUAAGAAUUCGUAUUGUACAGGUGAGGCAGGCAAGGAAGCGUUUGAGCUAGCAGAUCGGAUGCGCACUGGCGCGGCGCUGGAAGAAGUUCCCAAGGAGAUUGCAUGGAAAGAGGAAGGAGCCCUAGAGAAACACGUGCCGAACGCUCCCGAUCCCGCCGAAAAGGCCAAAAACGAUGCUGCUAGUCGAAAACGGGCCCUCGACGAGAUGACUGGCUCAGUGAAUGAGGAUGAGAUGGAGGAGUACCGACGAAAACGCACAAUGGCAGCAGACCCGAUGGCGGCCUACCUCAGCAAAGGAAACAAAAGUGAGGCGGUUUGA